AUGAAGGAAAUACUAGAAAGGCAUGACUUGCACUCGAAGAACCUUGAGAAGCUGGAACAACCAUCUCUUGCGUUGCAGAGAGCAAUUGAGGCGUUGUCAGUUGCAGAUUCGAUCUUGUAUGAUCACAGAUUUGACCGAUGUUGUCAGUACAGUUUCUACUUCCUAGGGCAUCUGGUAGAGGACAGCACCUAUUCCAGCUUGAGUAAGGAAGUUGCCAAGAAAAGCCAUCAGCUGAGGCAAAUGAGAGGAGAAGAUCUGCAAGGAUUAAAUUUAGAGGAAUUGCAGCAGCUAGAGAAGUCUCUUGAAGCUGGAUUGAGCUGUGUGAUACAGAAGAAGAGCGAGAAGAUUAUGAACGAGAUCACCAAUCUUCAAAGAACGGGAAUGCAAUUGAUGGAAGAGAAUGAGAGACUGAAACAGCAAGUGGUGGAGAUAUCCAGUGGCCGAAAGCAUGUUACAGCUGAUUCAGGGAAUGUUGGUUACGAGGAAGGACAGUCUUCAGAGUCUGUAAACAAUGCAUGCAACUCCAAUGGCCCUCCACGCGAUUAUGAAAGCUCUGAUACAUCCCUCCAGUUGGGGUUAGUUCCACACAUACAAAGGAUUUUAUGCUUGUGUUUGUGUGAUGCUAAUCCAGUAAACAAUGGCUGA